AUGGCCCUGGGUGGCUCGCUGGUGCUGGUGCUGGUGCUGAUGACGGUGGCUCCACCCAGGACAGGAGCGGUGCCUGUCCCUGAAGCCCUCAGGGCCCUCCCAGGAGCAAGGGGCUGCCACUUGGCCCAGUUCAAGUCUCUGUCCCCACAAGCGCUGCAGGCCUUCAAGAGGGCCAAGGAUGCCUUUGAAGAGUCCCUCUUGGAGGACUGGAACUGCAGCUCCCGCAUCUUCCCCAGGAGCAGGGACCUGAAGCAGCUGCAGGUGUGGGAGCGCCCCGUGGCCUUGGAGGCCGAGGUGGCCCUGACCCUCAGCGUCCUGGGCUCCUUGGCGAACUCAUCCCUGCACAGCAGCCUGGACCAGCCCCUUCACACGCUGCGCCACAUCCACGCCCAGCUCCAGGCCUGUGUCCCAGCUCAGCCCAUGGCAGGCCCCCGGCCCCGGGGCCGCCUCCACCACUGGCUGCACCGGCUCCAGGAGGCCCAGAAGAAGGAGCCCCAGAGCUGCCUGGAAGCCUCUGUCAUGUUCAACCUCUUCCGCCUCCUCACCCGGGACCUGAAAUGUGUCGCCAGUGGAGACCUGUGUGUCUGACCCCAGACACCCGCCUGCACCCUGUCCCAGCGUCUUGGAUGUUAUUUAUGCUUCAGCACCCCUCUUCUUAAUUUAUUGCCUCCAAAUCACUAUUUUUGUAUUUAUGUGUGUACAUUCUCAUACUCAGUUGCAAGAAACUGUUUAUUUUUUCUACUUUUUAUAAAAAUUGUGCAAAUAAACAAUGAGGAAAA